ACACACAGCAACCUGUCUGUACUGCAGUUGUCUCUAUGCUGCACGGGGAGAGCAAAUAUGGCGGAAUCAGGAGUCCCUCCAGUGCCCAGUCCUGCGACCAUGGCCUACCCAUCAGCCUCUGUUAACCUGCCUACAGGCACAGAAGUGCUCAGGACAUACUCUGGAGCCUUCAUCUGCCUGGAAAUUAUAUUCGGGGCACUUGUUUGGAUUUUAGUGGCGGCCUCAAAUGUCCCGGUCCCCGUAGUACAAGGAUGGGUCAUGUUUGUGUCGGUGACUGCAUUUACCUGCUCACUCCUUCUGCUCUUGGUUUUCCUCACCGGCUUUGUCCAUAGGAUUCAUGCCAACUGGAACUUUGUGGAUCUCGCCUAUCACUUAACCGCAUUUGUAUUCUAUUUUGGAGCCUUUGUCCUUGAAGCUGCGGUGACAUCUCUAGCCAAUCUAAUGCGGAAGGGAAACACAACUGUUAUAAACCUGGAUAAUCGCAUGCUUGGGCUGAACGUAGCUGCAACGAUAUUUGCUUUCACGGUUACCGUUUGUUAUGGCUGCAGCAUGGUCCUGGGAUUUCGGCGAUGGAGAUCUUAAAGGUCUUUGAAAAAAAAAAAGACCAGGGAGAUAUCUUUUUCUGAAACUGGUUCAAGUCAAUGGAUGUUAAAGAGAAAGAACUGUAAUGUAGAACACUGUAACAAAGACAUCAGUUAACAUGGAAAGCUGAUUAAAAGUGGGAUCCAGAUAUCAGCAGGAGGAGAAACAAACAAAAAAAGCCUGGAAUUCUUCUUCUAACACUAUAUGUGCAGUGAUUUGCAGCUAUAAGAAGCUUCUGCAACAUCCAAGUCAAAAAAGAAGACCUACAGGGAUCCUGGAUUUUAGCAUUUAUACCUACUUAAACAGCAAUGACGAUUUUAUAUUGGCCCAGUCUAUCUGUCUUAAAUUAUUAAACAUAGUAAUAAUAUCAAUUUUGAAACCCACCACAUAAUAUUUCAAUAAUUCCAAGAUUUGCCAUGUUUGC